UAGUAAGACGCACACUUUUCCUAUUUUGACAAUCCGAAUGUUGGACAAAAAAAUCCGAAGGCGAACCUUCUCAAACCACCACCAACGACCAACGACAUCUUGUGCGGGUUGACCAAGAAGGCCCACAUUAUUCCAAUGCUCUCGGUCCUUCCAGCGAGGUAGCUAGCUAUUCUGUACCGGUACCAAUAAUAUAAGUAGAUCCACCAACCACCAUGACAAUCCUUCAGAGUGCAGAGAACCGACAAGCCAAUGGAGAAGAAAUCCAGACGGACCUCGUCUCCAAACGCCAAGACAACGACAACACAUCCGAAAAACAAGCCGUGGAUGGGGAAAACCAAGCCAGCAGCACCCAACAAACCAAUGCUACCUCCUUUGUACGCUCGGGUGUAAAGGAAGAAAUUGCCAAACAAGUAGUCCGAAAGAAACUUGCCAAACUGCGACAUUUGAUAUUGGAAAAAGCCAUUAGCCCGGAAUACCUCGAUUCGCUAUUUCCUCCAUUGCUACAACUCUUCCAUCCCCAACCGGUCGUCUACAAUGGUGGCAUUGCCAAUGUCCGGAAUUGGAAAAUAUCCUGCUAUUUGGAAGUCAUGGAUGGAGGAGUCCCGACCACGGAUCCCAAUGUGGAAUUGUUGGAAUUAUUCCAUCCGCUGUUGGACCAGUGCGAUGAUCUAUUCCUCUAUUGGUUUCGACAAAAGAGAUCCUGCAACACGGGGAGUGUCAAGGACAAAGAAAUCAAGUGUCGCCGAUUAAUGACAUUUAUCACACGGUAUACACCCGCGCCUGGGGAGCAGGCGUUGUUAAAGCAUGUCGAUGGAUCUGGCAAAGUCGACGGAUCCGUCGUUGUGGCGCUGCCGAUUGAUAGAUGGUCUGCUCCCGAAAGUGAAAACAGUUUUGUCGGUCAUGGUGGCGGGCUCACUUUCUGGGAUGGUCGCAAUCGAGAGACUGGAAAACCCAAUGAAAUUCACUAUGAAACGCGAUCUGGAGAUAUCGCAUUUAUUGAUAGGGCUGUUUGGCAUCAGGCAGAUCCCAUCACAAAAGGUACCCGAUGGGCACUCGUCAUCUUUUAUAAAGUGUAUUAGUUUUAGCUAGAUUAGUAGCCCUCCUCGGGGCCUUUCCUGGGUGCCGAGUGGAUCAUCCAAGAGCGGAGAUAGAUCGUCACCUUACUUUGUUGGCGAUUGGCAAGACCUGUAGAAAAAUGCAGGACAAGUAUAGAAUAGGACGAGUACAGUAAUAGUAGAUGUUGUGUUGCAAUUGUUUGAUGGACGCAUUAGACUGUCAGGGACCAAAUCUGCAUUGGAGUUCUCGUGGC